UGAGGCAGCAGGCAGGAACAGACAGGGAGUUGAGCUUCUAUCAUCUUCCAUGGGGCUCCUGCUGCUGUGGACUGUAGUGUAGACACACAGAGUACAUGGAGCCUGGAUAAGGACUGAAGGUGCAAGAGGGCUGUGGGGCCAGUGGGUGAAGCACUAAGAUCUGAUGAGAGAUCCUGAAACCUGGAAGAUAGGCCUGAGGCUCAAAAACCUGGGGGAAGAGAUGGACCAUUCUGUCCACAGGUAGGCUUUAAGGUUGAUUGCUGAAAUAAGAAGAGACUAGUUAGACUAGCUCCUAUAGUCCUAAGCCUGUUAAGGCAGGCAUAGGGGUAAGGAGAAGGUUUCCCAAUCUGUUCAGACUUCUUCCUAGCACAGAUUUGGUCCAUUCUCUUCCCUCGGAAAUUGAGAGUGAAUGUUCUCUUGAGAUUCCAAGUCAGUCUUCCUCAUCUAGGCCAGGAGCUGUCUCUGGGACUAGGUGGCCUCUUCCUCAUACUCCCCACUCCAUAGCACAGCCAAGCUUAUGACUGAGCACAAGAGGUGGCUUCACCACUGAGCCCCAACCCUGGGAUGCUGACAGCACACCACUCCAUUCCCAGGUCUGACAAGAUGUACCAGGUCCCACUGCCGCUGGACCGGGAUGGGACCCUGGUCCGGCUCCGCUUCACCCUGGUGGCCCUGGUCACGGUCUGCUGUCCACUUGUCGCCUUCCUCUUCUGCAUCCUCUGGUCCCUGCUCUUCCACUUCAAGGAGACAACGGCCACACACUGUGGGGUGCCCAAUUACCUGCCAUCGGUGAGCUCAGCCAUUGGUGGGGAGGUUCCCCAGCGCUACGUAUGGCGUUUCUGCAUCGGCUUGCACUCGGCGCCCCGCUUCUUGGUGGCCUUCGCCUACUGGAACCACUACCUCAGCUGUGCUUGCUCGUGCCCCGGCUACCGCCCACUUUGCCGUCUCAACUUUAGCCUCAACGUCAUCGAGAACCUCGCGCUGCUAGUGCUCACCUACGUCUCAUCCUCCGAGGACUUCACCAUCCACGAGAAUGCUUUCAUUGUGUUCAUCGCAUCCUCCCUCAGUUAUAUGCUCCUCACCUGCAUUCUCUGGCGGCUGACCAAGAAGCACAAAGUAAGUCAGGAGGAGCGAAAAUCCUACUGCUGGAAACAGAGGCUCUUCAUCAUCAACUUCAUCGCCUUCUUCUCAGCGCUGGCUGUCUACUUUCGGCACAACAUGUAUUGUGAGGCUGGAGUAUACACCAUCUUUGCCAUCCUGGAGUACACUGUUGUCCUAACCAACAUGGCGUUCCACAUGACCGCCUGGUGGGACUUCGGGAACAAGGAGCUGCUCAUUACCUCCCAGCCUGAAGAAAAGCGAUUCUGAACCUUUCUCUGCUGGGGAGGAGGCCCACUGCCCAGAAACAAGAUGACACCCUGGCCUUCCCCACCUGUGUCCUCUUUGGGCCCUACUGAAGCGAGGUGGUGGGUAGGGUGGAGGGAGGAAGGGCAUAGGACAAGGCUUUAACCCAGCCCUGCUGGCUUCUUCUUUCCCUCACUUCCCAUAUGGGCACAGGGCCUUCAAGCAGCAUCACCCCUGCCUGAGAGGACUCAAGAAGCUGUGCUGGCAGGAGAGCUCCACCUUCUGGUG